GAGACGCGUGGGCGGACUGUGAGCAGCGGACAGAGAACCAGCAGCUCCGCGCUUGGCAGCAGUGCGGCCGGGCCGGGGCCUGCGCGCCCGAAGCAGAAAGAGAGCAAAGAAGAGUGUAUCAAAAUCAAGUUGAAGGAAUCCUAUUCCCCUGAAUUCCUGCAGCAAGCAGAGUAUUGGUCCUUGUAUGCUGGAGGCUUCAGUGCAGCACUGGGACAUUGUGGAAAGUAGAGCAUCUUAGUGCCAACAAAACAUGUCUGCAAAAAGAGCCUUAGUAAUUCUGGCUAAAGGAGCAGAGGAGAUGGAAACUGUUAUCCCCACUGAUCUUAUGAGAAGGGCUGGAAUCAAGGUCACAGUUGCAGGCCUAACAGGAAAAGAGCCAGUGCAGUGCAGCCGAGAUGUCUUUGUUUGUCCUGACACCAGUUUGGAAGACGCCAGAAAAGAGGGGCCUUAUGAUGUGGUGGUCCUACCAGGAGGUAAUCUAGGAGCUCAGAACUUGUCAGAGUCCUCUGCUGUUAAAGACAUCCUGAAGGACCAGGAGAUGAGGAAAGGCUUGAUUGCUGCCAUUUGUGCAGGUCCAACUGCCCUUCUGGCACAUGGAAUAGGGUUUGGGAGCAAAGUUACUACACAUCCUUUGGCUAAAGAUAAAAUGAUGAAUGGGGAACACUACAAGUACUCUGAAAACCGGGUUGAGAAGGAUGGGAACAUUCUUACCAGUCGUGGUCCAGGCACCAGUUUCGAGUUUGGCUUGGCUAUUAUUGAAACGCUAAUGGGGAAGGAGGUGUCUGACCAAGUGAAGUCUCCACUUAUACUGAAAGAUUAAUACACAGUUGUAAUUGGUGAACAGGAGAAGAAAACAUCAUGAGAUAGAAAGUCCUCAGGUACUUAUCUCCCUUCCUGGAAACAACAAGAAAGCAAGCUGUAUCUUGUAUACAAUCUCAUUGUGAGGCAAAUGCCUUUCAUACAAUAUUGAUGUGAACUAGAAUAAUUCAUAAACCAAUGGGUUUUGUUUAUAGGGAAACAGAUACAGAUGUGUCUGCUAACUCAUGACGCCAUGAGAGAGUUAAACAGCUGUGAAUAGGGAAAAAAACUAAUAGAGUUUAUUCAUGUGAUUUGAAGCUUGCUUGUUUAAAUAAAAAUGUAGUAACCCUGUUCAGGCAUGAAUUGCUACUUGCAUAUACAUGUUUCUUCAUUGUUUUGACUGUGAACAUUGCAAUAAUUUCUUUUACCACUUAGAUUCAGUUCCAGAACCUAACUUCAUAGCAAAUACUUGUGGACAAAUUCUUGUGACAUCUUGAUAAAUGCAAAUGGAAAAAUUAUAGCCAUGUUUGGACAAUGAAAUAGUCCAAUAGAGCUAAGGCUAUGACACUUUAAAAAUGAUAUUCAGUAAAUAAGAUGUAUUCAAAACAAACAGGGAUUUUCAGGGGUGUCAAAUAUAUGGCCUGUAGGCCACAUCUGGCCUGGAGAGCCAGAUCACCCAGCCUGCAGAGUUGCCCUAACUCUGCUUCCCAUGGCAGCAGCCAAGUGUGUAGGUAAAAACUGUGGUGCUGGAGCCCAGCCAGCACCAUGGUGUGUUCCUGCAGUGGCAGCCAAGUGCCUGAGUGAGAACUGUGGAGCUGGAACCUCAGCAACAUCAUGGGAUAAAGCCUAGCACUGUGGCUUGUUCCUGUGGCAGCAGCCAAAGUCUUGUGGUAUUGGGCUUCUUCCUGAGGUGCUGCUGGGGCUCCAGUGCUGUAGCUUUCACCCAGAAGCUUGGCUGCUGUUGUAAGAAGAAACCAUGGUGCUUCUGGGGCUCCAGCACUGCAGCUGUCACCCAGGUGCUUGGUUGCAGCUGUGGGAAGAAGCUGCAGUGCUGCUGUGGCUUCACUGUUGUGACUCUUGUUGGUUUGGCUGCCAAGCACCUGGGCAAGAAUAACAGCACUGGGGCCCCGACAAGAAUGUAGGAAGCCUGGCACUGUGGCAUGUUCCUAUGGUGGCAGUGAAGAGUCUGGGAUGCUGGUUAGAGUGGCUGCUGCAUGUGCUGGAUCCAGCAUGGGUUGGGAGGGGCUGUGGGCCUAAUCUGGCCUGUGGGAUCAGCUGGGUGCCAUUUAUUUGUCCCAUGGACCAGUCCCACACUAUGUACCUGGUCUGCAGGGUUAAGAGUUUGACAUUGCUCUAUAUAUUUAGCCCUUGGCUUAAGGUUUUAGAUUAGGAGCUGUGUUCUUUCCUGAAACCUUUGAACUGCGCUGUCAUUGAGAUUUGUGGGUGAUACAGUUGUAACAGCACAAAUGUGGCUUUCAAGUCCAAGGGCUUCCCUUACUAUCAUUCACAAUGAAGGCAAGCAUAUUCACUCCUUCCUGAUGCUUCAGGAAGGGAUUACUGCUUAGGCCACAAACUCACACAAAUGCUCUAGCAUUAAGAAUUAUGGUGCCUCUCUCCAUGUUAAAAGUCUACUCCAAGGGAUAACAUAGUACUUCAGUUGUAUGCUAUGCCUGCUACUCAUGUGGCAGCACUCCAGUACCUUUCCCCUGCCCAUGAUUAUACCACAUCAGUUGCCAGGCAAAAACUAAAAUCUUUCCAGUGACUGUAAAACUCAACACAUUUGCCCAUUAAACCUGUAGGUCUGACGCAUGUUGCCAUGUGAAUGUAAGCCAGACCAGAAAGAAGAGUUUGACAUUCAAAACCAAAUUGGAGAGCAUCCUCCAGGCCCUCACCUGCACUCAAUUCACAGGGCAUAGAAGAGAACUGCAUACUGUUAAGUGCAAAUGCUUUCUAACCUACUACAGAACUGCUAUUUCCUUAAGAGGAAAAUAAAAUAUUUCAGAUUA